AAUGGCCGGCCGAUAUAGAUAGAUAAAUUUUGGCGGGAAAAUUAGGGGGAAUUUUCUCUUGGACGCAACAACUUCAAGUGUCAUAUUUGGGAUGUGACGGGGUCAGACGGGGUAGGACACAAAGUUUACAGUAUGUACAGCAUGGCGUCGGUCAGCACCGGUAUUGUUAACUUUUAAGUUGUACAAUAAAACGGUUUUUUAUCAGUAAUAUAAAAUCUUGAGAAUCCAAAGUCUUGUAAAAAAAAUGUCUAGUACUAUGAGGCAAUUAGAGGAGCGACAGCUUCCUGCUCAGGUGACCAUAAUGCGUUGGUCACCUAAGAUGGACUUAUUGGCAAUAGCUAAUAUCAAAGGAGAAGUGGCUCUACACAGAUUAACAUGGCAAAGGGUAUGGCUCCUUAGUCCUCAGGAUGAAUCGGACACAGUAAUAAAUCUGGCAUGGAGGCCGGAUGGAAAGUUACUAGCCGUUUUCUAUAAGGAAUCCAGAUUGUUACACCUGGUGGAUAUUGAAAACAAAAAUAUAGUUCAUAAGACACAGUUAUCAGCAGAUAGAACGAUUACUUGUAUGGCUUGGUUACCCUUGAGCAAUCAGGAAACUGAGAAACCAAAUUCUGAUAAAACCAAUUCAUCACCAGCAAAAGAUUAUUUACCACCCUUACCAAGUCUCAAUAGAACCUUUGGUCAGGAGCCAGAACGCAAGGAAUUCCUUUCUCAAACGCUAGACAUGUUAUUUCUUGGACAAGAUAAUGGAAAUGUUGUGAUGCAUGUUUUUGGAAUGUUCUACUGUGGAACGAUUGAGGUAGGCAGGGGUCCUAUUCUGAAAAUUUCUGGUGGAUUGGGAAAAUCUAUAUGGAUAUCCUGGAAAGACGAAAAUAGUAUCGAUGUGACAAAUUUGUCUUGUCCAUUGCUGGAAAAAAGUGGAGCAUUCUUAAAGGUUGCCCAAGCACAAGCAAAAAUAGACUACCUCAUGGAUUACCUUUCACGCACCUUAAUGGCCAUUUCGGAGGCAUGGGAAACAAUACUUUUAGAAAUGGAUGAAAAACUAGCCCGAUAUGCUGAAACACAACCCCCUGGAGGUGUUGCUGCUGAUUUUCUAGAAUUACUGAUGAUCGGUAUCCCCACACAAAGUCUAGAAAACUUCCUACUGCGAGAUUUAACUGAGAAAGGUCUUAAAAAAUUAGGACACAGCAUCGAAAUGUGCUAUAGCAAUAUACAGAAACUAGUAUUGAAGCAUUUAACAAGUGUAGGAAUGGCUCUGGUAUACCAAUUAGCUGAGAUGCGAGGAAUGGCCAGAUUAGGUGGGCCCUAUGAAGCUUUGGGAUUUAAAGACGAAGCCCCAAUAAUAACUGCUUUACGUGCUGCUCAAGCAUUUCUCGCUAAAGCUGCAGAAAUACAGCAAGUUAUAGAUCACAGUAUGCGAGAUUACAAGGCAUUCUUUAGAUGGUUAUAUGUUGUUAUACUGAGACUAAUCGAUGAGAGAGUACCUUCAGAAGCAAGCAGAGUUAGUCAACAGGAACUGGCAUUCAUUGCUGAGUUUCUGAGAGGCUUUGACAAGACAGGAUCUAAUACUAGUGGACGAAAAGUCGUGAAUUUGGAGAAAUUGGGCCAGUACCUUCGUCGGGAGCCGUUGCAAACUUUUUUAACACCCGAAGGAAGCGAGUGGGCAUCCAUGCUGGAUGAAAAUCAAUGUCUCCAGGAUCAUCCCCUGAUAAUCAAACAGGAUCUGUCGUAUUCACUGCUUCAAUCCCACAUCAAAUUGGUCGAGGCUAUUGGAGGAGUCUACAAGGAAGCUUAUCAAGGCUUAGUGAAGCACUUCGCUGUUCUGACGACGACUCUGCCAUCCUCCAAAUCUUUACUCUUAUCGCAAAUGGUCACAGACGAAGGAAAUUUACUGAUCGCAUUUGUUAAGACUGACCGAAAGCUUCUCAGGUUGUUCAAAAUAAUAAACAAUCCCACAGAACCAGCAACGCUGUCCCUGCAAGCAGCAGUAGUCAACGUGGAUCAUAGACAAGGAAUUUACAGCAAAGGCGAAACAACGAUAACAGAUCUGCAAUUUUACUCCCAGGACUUCCUAAGUCUGUUGCUCCUAAAUCAGCACAGCCACGCGUCCUUUCUCAUCCAAUUGCCAGUUAAUCAUCCACGAUUAUUCGGUGAGCUAAGUACAGUCAUAGUAGAAUUAGGAGAACUAAUAAGUGGGGCAUCCUGGCCACGACCAUUCCACGGUAUCUCCGCGAGGCGAUUGGCCGUGAGUGGGCCACGAAAAGUCGCAGCAAUUUUAAGCGAAAGUAACAGGAAAAUCCGCCUCCUGGAUACUGAGGUCGAACCAGAGGAUGAGGAAGAGGAGGAAGAUGACGAAGACGGCGAAGGAGAUGACACUAUGAUGGAUACUACAGCUGGCAUUGCCAGUACGUCACAAUCAUAGAAGCUAUGAUGUUUAUUCACAAUUAAGUUAAUAAUAGACCCGUCUUCUCAAAAUAUGCAGAAUAAUACGUUUUCUUGUCUUAUCAGAUAAAUUUAAUUAUACUAAAUCUUACAUUACUGGAACAAAAACAUUUUUCUCCUU